ACGGCGCAGCCUGACGGUGCCCGCCUGGGUCGCUCCUGCCGCGGCCUCCGCAGGCCCUGCCCUGGGGCCGGCCCUGAGGGGCGCGCCGGGCCGGGCCGGGGGGGAGGCGGCGCGGCCUAGAGGGUUUCGAACCAGUGGUGGAACCCCACGUCUGCUCCGGAGGGGAGGCCGCUUUCUUCCCUCCGGUUCAGAAGCAGGUGGAGCGCGGAGCGGCCCGGCCAGGGCGCGGGGGAGGCUGUAGGUGACAGAGGGCCCCGCACAGAGCUGUGCGGCCGUCGCGGCGGCUCCACCUGUCUGCGUUUUGCACAGGGCUUUCAUCGCUUAUAAGAGAACCUUUUUUAAAAGUUUCCUUUCUAGUCCAUUGCUGUCUCCGUUCAUUUGUUUUCUCCCUAUUAAUGGCUUUUGCCCCUUUACCCUCAUGCUUUGUGCACAGCUACUGGCUUUAUAUCCUUAGAGUCACGAAUAAUGAAAAUAAAGAUGUGUCUGUCUCUCGCAUGCCUUGCAGAAUUAAUACAGAAAUCAAGAGAGCCCUGUAAAGGAUUUGAUCAUUUCUGCUGGCAUUUCUGGGUACCAGUAGGUCAGCAGCUGAAACACUGAAAAGCCUGAAUCUACUUUCACCUUGUGAAAGUCCUGUUUUCCACAGAUCUUUGCAGCACGGGACAAGGAAAUUCUUGUAAAUAAGAUCUUUCAGUCUAGAUUUGAGAAUCCUAACCAAGAGACUGUUCCUUUUCCUAAGAAUAACUGGAUUUCUACUGUAACAAGUAUGGAAGUGGUCUUGCAUUAUCGACCACAUCAGAGAGAUCUAAUAAAACUGCAGAAACUUGCAGAAGCAGCACUGAGGGAGUUUCCUAUUCGUCAGUUACCAAGAUUUACACCCUGGUUUCCAAAUGAUUUAUACGGACUUCCCCUGAAACCAAAAAAGCAGCCACCUGUUAUUUCUUGUGAGGAAGCAGAAGAAUUGAAACAGCUUUCUACACCUUCAGAAUAUGUUACAGGAUCUCCUGAUUAUGACUGCACAAAAAAUCUCCUUGAGUUUCAGUCUAACAUGAAACAUGGACAGAUUUUAAUCCAUGCACAAACUGUUCACAGACCAAUUAACUUGGAGAAUCAAGGAGAACCACCACCUAAUGGAAAACAAAAGUUGAAAAGGUCUUGGAGUGUCUCUCUCCCUAGCCCUAAGCUUAAAGAAAAGAUUCUUCCUUUAUCUCAAGAACUGCAAAGCAAUUUGGAGAGACUAAAACUGCAUGUAUUUUAUAGAGCAAAGUGGACAAUUGAACAGUCUAUUUGUAAUAAUCAGAAUUUGGAGGACAUCUGGAUAAAACUGAAUAGACUCAUCAAGCAGAAUGAACUGCCAUCUUGCAAUGCUACUAUCCAAAGACCUGUGGGACAGAUAUGGAUUUUCUGUGAUAUAUUAUACUGUGAAUAUGUGAGAAAUAUUCUUAGGGAAAAGCUAAGCCUUACUGAUAAAAUGAAUUUGCUUGUACAUAAAUUUGGAAUUAUAUUUAGUUUAUAAUUGUAAGGUAGAGUUUAAUAAUAAAAUUGCUGUCUGAAGUACUAGGGUUUUUAAGCAGCUUAGAAUAUACAAACUUUAGAACAACUGAUGAAUUAACGAGCAGAAAACCACUUAACAUUACUUUGCUGCAGUUUUUUUAACUGUCAUAAUAUAUUUAUUUAACUUUCUUUUGCCAGGAGACUUAUGAAUACUUCUAUUAAGAUUAGUAAGUUUCUGUUUGGUUUAGUACUGCAUUAUAUAGCUUUUCUGUACCUUGGUGGUCUAAAGGAAAAAAACGAAAAUAAAAAUUCCAGACUAUUAUGGCAAGCUGUGUCAGAUAAUAAAUUUUAUGCAUUUAGUGAAGCACUGUGCCCCUUUGAAAUUAGGAGAAGAAAGAAUAUUUUUAAGUGAGUUGGUAUAAUCACUAUAAGGAUCUCUAGUAUUUUUUGACACUGAGACUUUUAAGAUCUUAAUAUUUCCUGAAAGUAGUGUGUGGGGGUUUUUUGAUGAAGGCAUAGCCCUCACGUGAAAUACAAACUUAUUUUCUAUUACAUGUGUGUGCUGUCUUAGUGACAUUAUCUGUACUUUCCCAGAAGUACUGAUGACAGCUUCAGAAGUCUCAUGCUGGAAAAUAAUGGACAACUUAGCAUUUGCUGUUCUAUGACUUUGGUAAUAAGGUUAUUUUUUUCCCCUGAUGUUUCUGGUCUUUUGUCUCUAAUUAUGUUGGGGAACAAGAAAGCACUAACUUCCAGCUACAAGUCAGGAAAUUAAGAAAUCAGACUUCUAUCUGUAAACCUCUGUUUGAUGUGAUUAUGGAAGGUAAAAGUCUCUAAGGAUUUCAAUGCGUUUUGUGGUGGUAAAAGGUUGAGUUUAGCAUGACUUUUUGUCACCUGAAAAUAAAGUGGUUCAAGGUCACGCUGUGCCUGCUCAAUUCAAUGUUUGGAGGGUCAGCAGAGCAGUUAAACUGGAAUUGAUAUGACUGUAAGGGUAUGUGUUUCGCUGAGGCACCUCUGCUAACUCCAGGUAGCUUUGCUGUAGAUGGAGGUCAAGGUCUGUGGCAUCUGGAAAAGGGGGAAAAUAAGUGAAUGGUAUUUGUAGAUUUUUAGAUUAUCAUUAACACUGGUAAAAUAGAAGUGCACAUAAGCAUAAUGUAAAUCCCUCUGUAAAAACUGCAUAAAAUCCCUGUGGAUUUUUACUUGGAAUUUUCUUUUGAUGACAUCCUUAUGUUGGAAUAAUUAUAUUUUGUUAUAGGAAUUACAUGUCCUUUUGUAGUUUAAAAUUAAGGAUACUGCUCAGUUUGGAUCAUUGACAUAUAUUUCUAAACUUUGAUUGUUAAGGGGGCCUUAUAUUGAUAUUUGUGGUGUUUGUGACAUUUAAUAUUACCACUUAGCAAAAUUGAUGUAAAAUGCUGGCUAGAGUAACUGAGGAUCAUUAUUUGUUUUAAAGCUUAUAUAACAAACUUAUUUCACGGAAAUAACUUUUCUGAGCUUAACACUAGUAGUAACAGAGCUUCUUUGUGCGUCAGCAUUUUUAAAGGUAAAAUGGAGUAGAAUGCAGUGUGAUUUGAGUUUUAUUUAAUGUUGUGUUUUGUGUCUAGGAUCUUAAAAGAAAAGAGAUGAGAGGUCAUCCUGCAAAGAUAUAAUAUUUUCUAAUACUGAUUUAGUAGUCCUAUUAAAUACGAUAAUCUACAUAUCUUAAUUUCUUGGUGUUUUGACUUAAUUCCAUGAUCUAUUUAUUUACUGUCUUAAACAUGAGUAAACUUGAUCUGUAACUAUUCCUUUAGAAACAGUCAGCAGGUACUAUUUUAUAUGGGCUUACAGUAGAUUUGAAUAAAAUUAAGUAACCGCCAAUAACACAGUCCCACUAUAUUUAUUUAAUAUACUGACAAAAGAGCUAAACAAACAUCUUACUAAACAGAAGGAGAGAUCAGUGUCACUGUUCAGUGAUAGCUGUCAGCUUUCUGCUGCUUUGAGUUAGCUCGUACAUGAAUAAUGAUACACGCAGAGCUAGCUGUGAGCACUUCAGCUUGAUAGCUGUCGUGUAAUAAAAAAUGAACACCACACUUGGUUUCCCUCAGGAUUAUUAGUCUUGGGUAGCACCAAUGUACAAGCUGAAAUCCAGACUUUCAGUUUGUAUUCUUCCAGAAAUGCUUGGUUCAUAUGCAUAUAUAAUUCAGUGUUUAUCUUUUCAUUUUCAAUGCCGACUCUGGUUCUCCAUUUAUUCAGUUUUGUGUAUUAUGAGGCUUUUUAUUUAUCUUGUAGUUUUAACCCUCAGAGAUCAUGUUUUUCAACUUUUCAUGAUAACAAAGGGAAGGUGUUACCUUUAUUUUGUGAAAAAUGAGCAUAGGUCUGCUGUAUGGUAGUGUAAGUUCUUGUGAACCAAUACAGCCUGCUACACCCAAAUGUAUGUUGAAAUAAUUGAAUAUUUUAUACAGCUGGAAACAGUGAAUGCUGAUGAGACAUAUAAGAUGUACAGAAGUACAAUAAAGAUAAAAGCACAAUA